AUGUCCACAUUCAGGCAGGAAGAUGUGGAAGACCAUUAUGAGAUGGGGGAGGAGCUGGGCAGCGGCCAGUUUGCCAUUGUGCGGAAAUGCCGGCAGAAGGGCACUGGGAAGGAGUACGCAGCCAAGUUCAUCAAGAAACGCCGCCUGUCAUCCAGCCGGCGGGGGGUCAGCAGGGAGGAGAUCGAGCGGGAGGUGAACAUCCUGCGGGAGAUUCGGCACCCCAACAUCAUCACUCUGCAUGACAUCUUUGAGAAUAAGACCGAUGUGGUGCUCAUCCUGGAGCUGGUUUCCGGCGGGGAGCUCUUUGAUUUCUUGGCUGAGAAGGAGUCGCUGACAGAGGAUGAGGCCACUCAGUUCCUCAAGCAGAUCCUGGACGGCGUCCACUACCUACACUCCAAGCGCAUCGCCCACUUUGACCUCAAGCCCGAAAACAUCAUGCUCCUAGACAAGAACGUGCCCAACCCACGAAUCAAGCUCAUUGACUUUGGCAUCGCUCACAAGAUUGAAGCCGGGAACGAGUUCAAAAACAUCUUUGGCACCCCAGAAUUUGUCGCUCCGGAGAUUGUCAACUAUGAACCCCUGGGUCUGGAGGCGGACAUGUGGAGCAUUGGCGUCAUCACCUAUAUCCUUUUGAGUGGCGCGUCCCCAUUCCUGGGUGAGACCAAGCAGGAGACCCUGACCAAUAUCUCCGCCGUGAACUACGACUUCGAUGAGGAGUACUUUAGCAACACCAGCGAGCUGGCCAAGGACUUCAUUCGCCGGCUGCUUGUCAAGGACCCCAAGAGGAGAAUGACCAUCUCCCAGAGCCUGGAGCAUUCCUGGAUCAAGGCCAUCAGGCGGCGGAACGUGCGGAGGGAAGACAGUGGCCGGAAACCGGAGCGGCGGCGCCUGAAGACGGCCCGCCUCAAGGAGUACACCAUCAAGUCCCAUUCGAGCAUGCCCCCCAACAACACCUACAUCAACUUCGAGCGCUUCUCCAAGGUGCUGGAGGAGGUGGCGGCGGCCGAGGAGGGCCUGCGUGGGCUGGAGCACAGCCGGCGGCUCUUCCACGAGGACAUCGAGGCCCUGACGGCCAUCUACGAGGAGAAGGAGGCCUGGUACAGGGAGGAGAACGAGAGCAUUGGCCAGGACCUGCGGCGGCUGCGGCAAGAGCUGCACAAGACCGAGGCCCUCCGGCGGCAGGCCCAGGAGGCGGCCCAGGGCGCCCUGCUAGGGGCCAGCGGGCUCAAGCGCCGCUUCCGCCGCCUCGAGAACCGCUACGAGGCUCUGGCCAAGCAGGUGUCCUCCGAGAUGCGGUUUGUGCAGGAUCUGGUCCGCGCCAUGGAGCAGGAGAAGCAGCAGGAGGUGGAGUGUGGCCUCCGCUAG